GAGAAUCCACGGGGCUUUGCCUUAAAAAGGCCCUCUCUUUUUACAGGCUCUUUCCAAAGUCUCACUUCUUUUCCCUCAUUCGGAAAAGCGAUUCGACGACUCUCUCUCUCUCGCUCGCUCGGUCGCUUGAAGCCAUGAGUCUCUUCGGGCUUGGGAGGAAUCAAAAGACUUUCCGCCCUAAAAAGAGUGCACCUUCUGGAAGCAAGGGUGCACAGCUUCGAAAGCAUAUAGAUGCCACCUUAGGUAGCGGGAACCUGAGGGAAGCCGUAAGACUUCCUCCGGGCGAGGAUCUAAACGAAUGGCUUGCUGUCAACACUGUGGAUUUCUUCAACCAGGUGAAUUUGCUGUAUGGUACGCUUACGGAGUUCUGCACUCCAGAUAACUGUCCCACAAUGACUGCUGGUCCCAAGUAUGAGUACAGAUGGGCAGAUGGUGUACAAAUCAAGAAGCCGAUCGAGGUUUCUGCUCCAAAAUACGUGGAGUAUUUGAUGGAUUGGAUUGAAACUCAGCUUGAUGAUGAAUCCAUAUUUCCUCAAAGGCUCGGCGCUCCAUUUCCGCCAAACUUCAAGGAGGUGGUGAAGACGAUAUUUAAGAGAUUGUUCCGGGUUUAUGCGCACAUUUACCACUCUCAUUUCCAGAAGAUCGUCAGCCUGAAAGAGGAAGCCCAUCUCAACACAUGCUUCAAGCACUUUGUCCUCUUCACUCAUGAGUUUGGACUGAUCGACAAGAAAGAACUGGCGCCGCUGCAAGAACUCAUAGAAUCUAUCAUUGUACCUUACUAAGCAAAGGUUAUAUUCCCAUGCGAGAUUUUCUGAGUUUUUAAUAUUCACCCCUAAUAACAUUUUCCCGAUUGGAAAUUACUAAAGCUUGAUGUGAAAGAGGAAAAGAACAAAAAAUAAAAUAACCUGUGCUGGCAAAUAAUAUUCGUCUCUAAGAUCUUUUUGUUUUUUUAAA